AUGUUAAUUCAUUUUCAACAAAACUUUCACAAGUUACAACUCUUAAAUCUUUUUCCAUAUCGUUCCUUUUCAUCAACUAUUAAAAUAUUUGUUAUACGUAGACCUGGGUCUGGUUCAAGACGUGGUGGUCGUAGUGGUUUCGAAAAUGAUAUCAAAGAUUUAAAAUUAUACGAAUUUGAUAGUAUAACAAAAGAUGGAUUUGAACUUUUGUUGGCACAAAGUGAAGUGAGGAAAUAUUUGCGUAAAGCAAAACAUGAAAUACCAAAACUUACAGAAUUUGCUGAAGCCUUUAAACCACCAACAUCAAAAGAAAUUCUUUGUUUUAAAAGACAAUAUUAUAUUGGAGAAGAUAACCAUUUACAAAAUAAAGCCGUUAUGACAGUAGAUGUUGAUAAACUUGAACUUUCAUCAGCCGAAAAACACAAAUUUUUAUUAAUUUGUGGACCAAGAUAUGAUGGUGAAAACACAAUAAAGCUUUCAUAUGAUAAAUUUCCAAAUUAUGCACAAAAUAAAAAUUAUUUAGGAGAUCUUUUAAAUAAAAUUUUAGAAGAAGUAAAGGUAACUAGUACAGGAUAUCUAUUUAUGUAUGUUAUGUGA